UAGAGCGCUGUGACCGUUUUUUUGUGCGAGCGUUUCGAAAUCUCGCGAUACUUGCGCGCCAGUUCUCGCGUUCGUCUCCGAGAGUCGUCAGCGAUGAAGUCCGAGAAGGAGGUGGUGAGCGCCGCCAGGGACCGGCGCCUCGUCGAGAUACAGUUCAGAGACCUUCCGAGGGAGCAGGACGGCGUGUCGGCGAACCCCAAGCACAAGGAGGAGAAGAAGGAAGUCUUCACCAAGGUGGUCAUUCGGCGACUGCCGCCCAGUUUGACGAAGGACCAGUUGGAGGAGCACCUCAGUCCACUGCCUGCCUACGACUAUUUUGAAUUCUUCUCAGCCGAUCAAAGUCUUUAUCCACACCUGUUCUCCCGGGCAUACAUUAAUUUCAAAAACCCAGAGGAUAUUGUUCUUUUUCGAGACCGAUUUGAUGGCUAUGUUUUCAUUGAUAACAAAGGCCAAGAAUUUCCAGCAGUUGUAGAGUUUGCCCCAUUUCAGAAAGUGUCAAAGAAGAAAGUCAAAAAGAAAGAUGCCAAGGCUGGAAGUAUCGAGGAAGACCCCGAAUACCGACGGUUUCUGGAGAACUGCUGUGAUGAGGAAAAAACGACGGCCAACCCGGAAACACUGCUGGGGGAGAUAGAGGCUAAGACCCGAGAGCUCAUUGCUAAGAGAACUACCCCACUUCUGGAGUACAUAAAAAAUAAGAAACUUGAAAAGCAGAGAAUCCGGGAAGAGAAGCGAGAGGAGAGGAGGCGCAGGGAACUAGAGAAGAAGCGCCUGAGGGAGGAGGAAAAGAGGAAACGGCGCGAAGAGGAGAGGCGCAAACGCAAGGAGGCCGAGAAGCAGAAGAAACUGGCAGAGAAGGAGAUCAAGAUCAAGCUGCUGAAGAAGUCGGACAGAGAUGACGACCCCGACCCGGACAGACCGAAGGACAAAGGGGACAGCGGGGACCAGGAAAAGAGCAAGUGGGAGAAAGUCCCAGGACACGUCAAGUCGAAACACCUGGACAAGGACUUGAAGGACAAAAGCCUGGCAGAGAGUGACAAGGAGCAACGGGAGCACGGGCGGCGGCCGAAGGACCCCGAGAGACACCGGGGCAGAGAUGAGGAGCGCAAGCGCCAGAGGCACCACUACGAGUUCGAAAAGCUUGCGCGCCGCAAGGACGAGACCAAGUGGGGCAAGGGUUACUGCCAGGAUCGGGCUCGGAGAGAGGGCCAGCACCACGGCUACGCCUGCGGCUCCGAGUCAGGGGACAAGGCGGGGAAGGACGAGAGGGACGACCUGAGCGGGAGAAAAGAGCGCAUCCGCAACAAGUCUGUGUUAGCGCAUCAGGAGGAAAGGACCUCCCAGUCUGACCAGAUAGGAGGGCCAGACCAGAUAAGAGGGGCUCUGCCAGCUAAGGACCGACCAGCCAUGCAGCUGUACACACCUGGCGCACGCAGCCGCACACGUAUGAGCUCAGCCGGCAACGGCUACGACUGCUGCAGCAACUCUCCAGAGCGUGGGGGCGAUCGCAGGUACGAGGUCACCGCUGGGACCGGCUCUGAGAAAAGUGGAGAUGAGUAGCUUGGCCUGAGUAAAGAGAGUAAUGGCUUUUUGUUGAGUGAAAUAGCUUCAAUCGCAGCUGUACUUUUCUGCUCCCCGAAAACGAAUAAACAUGCUUCCCGAAGACUAGAUGCAUUUUCGUAGGACCACCUGUAUACAGGGAAACGUGAAGUGCAAUUUUGAGCUUCGUUGUCUGAUGGCUUCGCGUGUUACAACUAUAAUGCACAUUCCUACCGUAUACUAAAGGCUUCAGUUCUACGCUAAGAAACACUUAAAUCAACUUGUGCCCACCACAGCAGUUUGGAUACAUUCCCUCUACAAAAUUAUUCAUAACCAUUGAUUUGCAUACCUCACUGGUUAGAGAUUGAAAAUAUUUUAAGCAAAAAUGCUACAUUAUACACAUAUAUGAUUGAAUUUUGUUUUCAUUGUAAAGGUAAGCCCUUAAAGAGUUGCAUGAUGCGCACUGUAGUUUUUUUUCAUAAAUGAAUUAUGCUGAAUUGAUGUUUCAAAUUGACAUUAAGAUAUUUUGUGAUCCCUUUUAUU